CUCCGAUCAUCACCAGACAACCAACACGACAGAGCAACACGCACGCGCGAACGUCACGCUGUCACCGAAACUACGUCCUGCGAUUCCGACGCGAUCUGGAAGUUUUGUCCCUUUGGCCGAUUAGACCGGCACGUCAGAUGGGCAGAGUCGCGUGAGGAUUGCUCAGGCUGUCCAGCUUGCUGAGCUUCACCAGAGCGAGCGGCUUCUGACCAAUCUCUCGGUUCGAUCGCAAACUAUCUCUACUACUUGUAAUAACAGCUGUCAAGAUGGCUCAACCCCAGCCUCAGCUGCCUCAGAGGGCAUUCUCGCCUCCUCAACCUACAUCAUCUCCUGCUGCGACGCAAGCCGGCUUUGCGCCUCCGCCUAAUAAAAGACCGCGACUUUCCCCUGGCGCAACUCCCCAACCCGAAUCGCCGUAUUCUACUUCACCCUACGCACCGAGCCCAGGCGCACCGGUCACUCCUUCCACCGCCGCAACCUCUGCUGCAUCUCCCGUCUUUCCAAACGCUCAGCAGCAGCAAGCCGCGACGCCGACCUACACGGGACCAUACCAACAUACAAACGGCAAUACCACCCCGGCUCUUGCCCUUCCAUCAGCUCCGACUCCUCCACCGCAAGUGUCAACCCCGCAGCCACCGGCGCCGCCUACUCUGCCGCAAUACACCUCGGCCACUCUGGCUCUCGGCAACAAUAAUUCACCUAGUACACCCAUCAUGCAGCAGCCUUCGACUCCCGGCGCGAUGGGUCCGCCUUCGAGACCUCCUGAUCGACCACAAAAAGAGUACGAAUACGACGUCACGGAUUCGCUGGCAGGCACGGGCAUCGAUCUACGAGCUGAAGAGCAGUUCCUGUCCGAGCUGUAUGUCCCGGAAUCAAGAACCGGCUUCGCUCCCUACCCCCAAGGCAACAAGGGAAGCUUCUACGGCGCGGGUCCUGCGAACCAGCCUGCUCAGCCAGCCGGCACCGAUACCCAGAACCAGUUGGUAGCACAGGCAGCCGAGAAGGCAUGGCAGGAAUCCGCAAAGCGCCUGGCUCAGACCAGGACCAUGGAGUUGAACAACGCUUUCUUGCAAGUCCCUGUUGUCUACCGAAAAGCGGAGAAGUUUGCCAGAGAUCAAGGCCUGAUACUCAACUUGGAGACCAAGAACAGCAACCAGCCUAUGGGGCGGAUGCGUCUUCCUGAAGAGUUUCCCGCGCCUACUGUAACGGUAACCACUAAGAAAGGACCGGACUCGACCAUGGUGACAACAACAGGAACCUGGAUACCUCAGGAGGCUUUCUUGGUCGAUCAGCUAGCACUGCUGUCGCUGGCUACGAAGCAGCGGCUCAGAACGCUCAUGGAAGAUUCCAACCGAAUUGCGAAAAACCGGCAGACUUCAUCGCAUGGUGAAGUCCCGGAGGAAUGGCAAGUGGCCGCGGCACCACUGAAAAGCGCGCCGGAGACGCAAACAGAGGAUGGAACUCAGCAGAGUGCGACUGAGAAUGGCGCCAGUCCUCGCCCGAGCGCUCAGAAACGCCCUCUUGAAGAUGCUACUUCCAGCCAGGCGAGCAAGGUGCAGAAGAUCUCUGCUACAAAUACCAUGAGUCACACAGUCCGCGAAGUAGGCAAGGCUGAGAGAGACUGGGAGGAAAGACGACUACGGAAGCGCAACGCCCGAAAGGAUGGAACCGCAGAGGUCGCAUCGACGCCAUCACGUGCCGGAUCCGUUGCGCCUGGAACUCCUGGCGGUUCGGCACCUGACUCAGAGAAGGCCAUCUCAAAGAAGGAACAGAAGAAACUUGAUGCUGUGAAGAAGGCAGAGGCUAGCAGCCAUGCAAAUCAAAACAUCACGAGUAGCAUGUUCGUCGGCAUGCCCAAGACAGGAUCGCUUUUCGGAAAGAAGAAAGGCGGCAAGUCGUACUCUUGGAUGACAGGCGGCAGUGGGGCCAGCACGCCGAGACUUGGCACGCCCGGAAAGGCGGGUGCUGCAGCCGCUUCGGGUCCUCCUGCUCCGGCGAACCACGCGCUUACCGUCGAGGGCCGAGCACGGCUUGGCAAUUGGCGAGAGGAUAAGGAAAAAGGCAAAGGCAUCCAAGUACGAGACUGGGUGGCAGCCUUGGAGGGUGACGAAAUCGAACUGAGAGCCAUGCAGGCGGCGUAUGAUAAGCUGGAUACGUCAGAGCCCAAAUAGAGGAAGGGCGAUGAAAAACCAAUCGAAAAGUCGAAGUCGACAUCAGUUUUGUACUUUUAUGAUUAGCAUGGCGUUACGCAGACAGCAUGGAUAUGGGAUCGCGGUCGGUCUGCAUAGUAGUAUCUUUAAGGAGGGUUAAAAAAAAUGGGCGGCCACACCAGUUGGGCCACGAAGAUGCCAGACGACCGAGCCUACAUAUCCAAGAGAAAGGAUCAAAGGACUCUUUUCCUCAGUCGCUUGGGAGACGGG